AUGGGUUAUUUAAUGCCGACAAGUUUUUUAUUGCUGCUUAUAUUAUCUAUCUAUCUAUCUAUCUAUCUAUCCCAUGAUAGUUUUUCACUUUCAUUUCGUUUUUUCUGGGAUGCUGUAACGAAAAAUCUCUACUCUUCCUAUCUAUCUAUCUAUCUAUCUAUCUAUCUAUCUAUCUAUCUAUCUAUCUAUCUAUGUCAUCUUUUCAUAUCUAUCUAUGUCAGUCUUUUCAUAUCUGUCUGCCUAUCUAUGUCACUCUUUUCAUUAUCUAUCUAUCUAUCUGUCUAUCUAUCUAUCUAUUUAUCUAUCUAUCUGAGUCUUUUUAUAUCUAUCUAUCUACCUAUAUAUCUCAGUAUUUUCAUAUCUAUCUCUCUCAGUAUUUUCAUAUCUAUCUAUCUAUCUAUCUAUCUAUCUAUCUAUCUAUCUAUCUAUCUAUCUAUCUCAGUCUCUUCAUAUCUAUCUAUCCAUCUAUCUAUCUAUCUCAGUAUUUUCAUAUCUAUCUAUCCCAGUAUUUUCAUAUCUAUCUAUCUAUCUAUCUAUCUAUCUAUCUAUCUAUCUCAGUCUCUUCAUAUCUAUCUAUCUAUCUCAUCAAUUGUAAUCGGCGCAGCCAUGUUGAUAACUGGGGGAAAGGGGGUAUUAAAAAUUGCACCUUCUUUUCUUUCUAUAUAUUUUUAG